AUGCCACGCUACAGCUUACAUUUAGGUGAGUUAAGUUUCUUAACAACUUGUGCUGGCUACUCUAGGAUUUGGUCACCCGCGACUCGAUGGUCAGGCCGCACCAACCCAGUGGGCAAGUCGCUGCGGCAGGGCGUCCCGCGGCAGCAACCAGUCGCAGCGCUGCCGGCUCCUCUGCGACUGCGUGGAUGUCAGUUUGGUAGCAGUGAUCGAGACGACAUGCAAAAGCUCCAGGCGAAAUCCUCUCUAUCAGGGUCUGGUGCGGCGGGGUCACCGCUCGGAUCGGCUGCCGGUGGUAGCGCACUCGCGCCCUCAACAACACUGGAAAGCUCCAGUCCGGUGCGCGCGUCGCUAUGGGAGCGCUUUGUUCGGUACUCGACGCUGGCGACAAAUCUUUUUCCUCUCUGGACGCUCAUUUCAGCUGUCAUUGCUCUGCGGCGCCCAGAGACUUUCCUCUGGGUGUCUACUUCGUAUUUUACGCUAGGCCUCGCCAUACUCAUGCUUUCCAUGGGCAUUACGUUGACGCCGCGUGACUUUGCUCGAGUCCUCCGACGCCCUGGUGCGAUCGGCGUCGGCUUCCUUGGAUGCUACGCCCUUAUGCCUUUACUGGCGCUGCUGCUAGGGCACUUGAUGGGGCUCUCCCCGGAGCUAAUCGCCGGCCUUGUGCUCGUCGGUUCCAUCAAUGGUGGCCAAGCGAGCAAUCUCUGCACCUAUAUUGCUAAUGGAAAUGUCGCGCUUAGCGUGAUGAUGACAACGUGCUCCACGAUAGGUGCCAUCUUCAUGACACCGUUCCUUUGCAAGGUCCUCAUCGGUGCCGUCGUUUCCGUGGAUGCCCUGGGGAUCGCCCUCUCUACGCUGCAGGUGGUGCUUGCUCCGAUCGCUACGGGCAUGCUAUUGAAUCGCUAUGCGAAUCGCAUUGUACAGCGGAUUUUACCUUUCUCUCCCUUGAUAGGCGUGAUUUCAACGUGUCUUCUGGUAGGCAGUGCAGUUGCACAGGUGGCUCAACCUAUUCUCGCAGCGGGCCUCUCGCUCCAGAUCCCUGUAUUUCUACUGCACUUACUCGGCGGUGGCCUUGGUUACUUUAUCCCCCGUUUUCUCGGGUACAAUGAAGUCGUUUGUCGAACAAUUGCUAUCGAAACUGCGAUGAAGAGCUCUGCCUUUGGGUUUCUGCUCGCGAAACUCCAUUUCAAAGAAUUUGCUGUUCGGGUGCCCUCAGCGGUGAGCGUGGUGUGGAUGGCGCUUAUGGGCAGCUCGAUGGCAGUGCUGUGGCGGUAUAUACCGGUGAAGCGCACCACGAGGUUCGACCGCACCCUCCUUAGACGCAAACUGUUUAAAUGA